UAACAUUUCUAUUCAAAAAAAGAAUGCAAUAAAACGUUGAAUGGAAACAGGCAACAGUUCCAACCACAGCGUCUUCGACCAGAUCACUAAACUAGCCGUGCUACUCCUGCAGGAUGAGCUUAGUGAAGCAGAAAAAACAGCUGCGAUUGCAAUUGUGCCUCCGCCAGCUUCAGUUGCCAGGAAACGCUCACAAAUCUACGAAUCGGUGCUACGACGUCAGUUGGCAGCCGAUCUUGCAAAACGACCCCGCUUCCGUACUCCUCGACUGCCCCAAUGUCAGAAGCUGUUGAAUGAAUUGUGCGCCAAUUUAGAGGCGGAACUGGGUGCCGAUGUUGGACGCUGUCUUCAAAGUAUUUGCACAUCUAAGGAUGAUCAGAAGUCAGAAGAGAACCAAGGAUUAAAAGGCGAUGGCGUCGAAAGGCAAGAAAGAAAAUUCCGAAUGCUGGUGCCGAAACCACUGCGACUGGAACAGAGCAACGGCGAGCUGCAGCCACCAGUUUUUGACCUGAAGUAUUUAAGGUCUGUCGAACAGAUGCGUUCCUCAAUGCAGCCAAUCCAUUUCCGCCGCCAAACAAACUAUUUGCCAAACAAUUUUGAUGCGAUGCCCAAGCCAUCGAGGAACGAAAAGAAUAUCGAAUUGAACUGCUCAAUCUUGAAUGACUCGAUGGCACGCAUGAAGGAACACAAGAUGGAAAAGAAGCGUGUCAAAUUCAAUUUGCCGGCACAGAACAAAUGCAAAACGUUUCCGCCUGAUAUCAAAGCUAAUCGGAUGCCAAAGAAGCCGUGGUCACAGCUUAAAAAGAACUUUAUCUCAGAUGUGAACGCGGGCAAUGAACUUAAAUGGCACCGGGAUCACACAUUGGAGUUGUAUUUUAUUGAGUUGCCCAAUCUGAUCGAUCAUCUCAAAUAUAAUGCGGCUGGUCUGCAAUCGACAACGUUUAUUCGCACGGACGAUGGACGUUUCGUACUCAAGCCAAAUACAACGCUCAGCAACGUGCAGUCCGAGGUUCUGGAUGAGUUUGUGCAACCAUUUCUUGCCUCCGGCGAUGCGUAUCGCAAUCUAUGCGACCGUACUCAAUGGCAUGGCACAUUAAAUCAUUGCGAACGUCCUCUGAAUCGAGCUCUGCGACAGGCAAUUAUAGUGUUCCUUGCGAACAGUCGACAAUUUUUACUGUCGGUAAGUGCCAAUAGCUUGUUACAGCUCCUGCACAUCACAGGACCCGCCAUGCAGAUGCUGCAGCAGUUGAAUAAAUUGUUUCACGACGAUUUCAGAAUGAACAUCGCCAAAGGAAUAAAUGGCGCCGGCCUGUUAAGCUUCGUUUGGUCAGCCAUUAAGAUGUCCGUAAAUAGUGAAUACUCGCAACUGCUAUUGUACCUGUUGAGGUCUUUGGCCGUCACAUACUAUGGCCAGCUGGAGCGUUGGAUAUACCAAGGCGAGCUCGACGAGCCCUUCAACGAGCUGUUCAUUAACGGCUGCAUGCCGCACUCGAUACACGAGCGCAGCAAAGAAUUUUUCGACAGGGGCUAUUAUCUGCGCCCGGAUGCGGUGCCAGCGUUUCUAGUUGGCUGUGAACAGACCAUUCUGCAAUGCGGCAAAUACAAUCGCUUGCUGCAAACAUACAAUGCUCAGCAUGUGGUUUUUAAAUUGAAACAUCUCGAACUUGUUGUCUGCAUGUCAGAGGAGCAGUUGAGCGAAAUGACACAAAAGUUGGAGCAACACUACAAGCAGUUAAUGCAGAAUAUCCAAAACCCCUUCAAAAUGAAAAGCAUCGUAGACGAAUAUACAGCGAGUAGUCAGCGCUUCGGUAACCGCAUGUGGGAUUGCACUCAAGCGCACAUUGCUGACUGGAAACAGCGCCAGAAGCACUUGCAAUUAAUUGCGGACGCUGCCAAGCAGCGACGAUACGAUGAACUCAACGAACAGCAGGAACAGCAGCAGCAGGAACGUUUGGAGCAGCGACGCAAUGAACUUGUGAUUGAGCUCGCCUAUCAAGGGCAAUGCGAUCAGCUGGAGGAGCAACGUUUGCAACGCCACAAGCAGGCGCUGCAGGAACAAAUUGCUGCAUUGGAAAAGGUCACAAUUCCGCUAGAAUCGACCAAAGUGGCCAUCAGUCCAGACGACAGCACAAGCAGUAAUCGCAGCUAUUUAUCAUGCGAGGAAGCAGAUUCAGAACUCCUGUUGAAGUGUAAGCCCAAUUCAGAGACGGUGCUGUCCAAAAAUCAGUCGGAAGAUGUGCUCAACUCGAAUGAUAAUGAUAACAAUAAUGAUGACGGGGAUAUGGCACGCAAUCGUAUGCGCAAUCUAUGCUCUGAUCAAUUUCAGGAGUGCUAUAUACAGGUGAAACUUAAUCAGGGUACAACGACCACCAGUGCAUCAGGUUAUAGCGAUGCCAAAGCUAAUCGCUUGCGUGUGCUUAGUUGUACAGAUGAGCUAACUCAACGGCCGCCCGAUAUGAACAUGAAUCUCGAGGAAUUGAGUGACCUGCAGCGCAAUCGUCAGCGCAUGCAUCAGCACAACAAGUUCAGUUCGCUCAAUAGUGAUGACGACGAUGGUCAAGGUGAACGCGAGCAGCGAUUGCUGCACUCGGACACGGAACUUGAGCAUCGCCAUCCGAUAAGAGAUGACUCCAAAUUAAUUGAAGCCUCUGACAAUGGUCUGCAUUUGCCCUUGGAGCGCCACAAGCUGUACGUGGAGACUGCACAGGACACCUCAACGCCCAUGUCCACCACAUCGGAUGUGGAAGCUGAACCGUUUGCCAACGCCAUUCCCAACGAGGUUGUCGAUGCGGCCAAUAACAAUAAUAUCAAGCGUAGAAUCCAUUCUGAUAUCAAUCACGUGAACACAGAUCCGCCAAUAUCAUCAGUAUCGACAGGUGUGACGGAGCCCGAUACUGUGACUGAAGGAGAAGUCAAACCAAUGUUCAGCUUGAAGCCAUUGGCAAAGCCGGUGCAGCCAACAAUCGCACACGAUCCGUUUAUGAUCAAACGGUAUAUGCAAUUGUCUGUGAUGGUGCCACUGAAUGCGCAUUUGUCGCUCUUGCGCAACGAGGUGUUGCGCAUAUUUCAGGAUCUGAAUGUAUUUGAGCAUUUUUGCCAGUUGCGUAAUUACUUCUUUUUGCUGGACGGCGAGUUUGGCACUCAACUUAUAGCGAGUAUUCUGCAACAAAUCGAAUCGGGCGUGGCGCCACACAAUUUAUGCAAUAGGGGUACUCUAGAUUCUAUAGUUAACAAUGCGAUCGGCAACCGAAUGGCGGAAGGCACUUGUGCAGCUCUUGUAGCUGAUAAUCUCGAGUUAAAUAGUACACACAUCCCGGAGUCCUUUGAUCUGAUGAGUAUCGAUCUCUUGUCCAUAUUUCAAUUGACAUGCAAAGUGGACUGGCCGCUUAAUUUGGUAAUCAGUGUGGAGACGAUGGCCAAGUAUGGCCAAAUAUUCUCGCACUUAAUAAAACUUCGUCAUGUCAACUAUAUGCUGGAGCGCGCCUAUCGGCACCUGCAGCAGUUGUCCAAACUCCACGGUUGGUCAAUGCAGAGGUCAUCGCAUUACCGUAAUCUGCAAAUGGUGCGACACAAACUGGCGCAUUUUGUGAUCACGCUGCAAAAUCAUUUGGAGACAACAGUCUUGCAGGCCACGUGGAAAUCCUUUACCGACGAGCUGUGCGCCGUCGAUUCGAUUGAAGGACUCUACCAGCGGCACGUGGAAUACUUAAAGAAGAUCGCAUUCCUCUCAUUGCUCAAUCGACGAAGCGCCAAGUUCCGAGAGACUAUUGAUAGCAUUCUUGUGAUUGCGCUACGUUUUUGCAAGAUAUUGCACUCAAAGCCCUUUGUUUUGAACGAGGAACAGAAGUUUGAACAUCCGCGCUACAAGCGAUUGAUAUUUGAAGAGGGCGAGUUUGAGAAGUUUAUGCGCUAUGCCAUCUACUUGGGAAACAAAGUCGCUGCCUCUGGUUAUCAAGAGCAAAUGGUAAACCUAAUACGUAUUAUUAAUUUUAAUAACUACUACACUGUAUCUGAAAGCACAAACUAAAUACAAUUUUACGCAAACAGAAA